ACACCCCAGUCAUGGGGUCCCUGGGGACUCUCCUCGCGGGGUACUGUAACUUUGGAGGCGGAGUUUUUGAUUUUCAGAGAUUUUUUCGGGAAAUAGUUGUCGUUACAAUGGAGAAAAUUGGAAUUGAUACUGCUUUCGCUGAGCCUGGUGUUCGACUUUCCAUCAAUUUGAGAGAAAGAUGCCGAAUGCAUGACUUAAACGAGGCACUUGACGAUCUGCGAGCUGUAAUUCCAUAUGCUCACGGGGGUUCCGUGAGGAAGUUGAGCAAGAUUGCUACGUUGCUUUUGGCCAAAAAUCAUAUUAUCAUGCAGGCAAAAGCAAUUGAGGAGCUGAGUAUAUUGGUCUCCCAGUUGAAGCGGAAAUCGGAAAAUUUGGAGAACUUGAACAAAUCCUUAAAGCCUGAUGCAAACUGAACAUUGAAAAGUUUUCAAUUUUUUCAAUCAAUUAAUUUUAUAUUUUUAUUCCGUAUGGUUUUUUUUUCUUUUUUUUCACUUCGGUUGAAAAUUUUAAUUAUUCAACUGUUUCCAUAAAUUGAUAAAAAAC